CAUUCGUGGUGGAUGUAAAAAAAAGUCGUGGUUAGUGUUUAUGAUCAUUUGCAAUAGAAAAUUGCAAAAUAUUGAGGCCUUGCGCCACAAAACGCAUGAAAGUAAAUCAGAAGAAGUAAGGUGGAUCAGUGGUGUGUUUAUUUGUGUAUGUUGAAUCUGCCGAAAGUUUGUGAGUUUGUUGGGAAUUGUUUGUCGCUGUGAAUUGAAGAUACUUAAUUGAGCUUGGAUGGAUCGCUUCGAUGCUGGUUAUUACCGGGUAGUACAUCAAACACAACAUCAUUUUUAAGCGCACGUGCGUCUUCCGGUCAGGGGUGAGAAUACCCCGUUGAUUUUUCCAUUCGUGUACUGAUUGUGCGGAAUUUGAGCCACCUUCUUCUCGGUUGUCAACCGACUAACCGUGUACGAGCAACGAUAUGCAGCAACAGCCGCAGGCCCCGUACGCUCCGUACGCCCCACAGUACCAGGGCUAUGACCAGGGUGCAGGAUAUCCCCCGCCACAAGGAGGUGGUUAUCCACCGGCACAAUAUCCCCCACCGGGCACGGGAUCCCCGUAUCCACCGGCACAGCCCGGAUAUGGGCAACCGAUGCCAGGAUAUGAGCAACAGGGAUACGCACAGGCACCACAGAUGUACGCACCGAAUCAGCCAUACGGAGGAGGUUACCAGCCGGUCAUCGUGCAACCGGGAAUGCCCGGACAUCCGCAGCCAAUGAUGAUCCAAGCGCCACCAGGUGGUUGGAUGCCUAUUCCGCAAGGGAUACCGAACUGUCCGCCCGGAUUGGAAUACCUUACUGCCAUUGACCAGCUGCUCGUGCACCAGAAGGUGGAGCUGCUGGAGGCGUUCACCGGCUUCGAGACGGCGAACAAGUACACGAUUAAGAACACACUCGGCCAGAAGGUGUACUGGGCGGCGGAGGACACUGGCUGCUGCAACCGUAUGUGCUGUGGGGCGGCUCGCGCCUUCGACAUGAAGAUCAUGGACACGUUCCAGAACGAGGUGCUGCACUUCAACCGACCGCUGCGCUGCAGCUCCUGCUGGUUCCCGUGCUGCCUGCAGACCAUGGAGGUGACCGCACCGCCCGGUAACGUGAUCGGAUACGUCGAGCAGGACUGGUCCAUUCUCACGCCGCAGUUCAGCAUCAAGGAUCAGAACGGCGAAACGGUACUCAAAAUUUCCGGACCGUUCUGCACGUUCAGCAUUUGUGGUGAUGUAGAGUUUGAGGUGCUCUCCACCAAUGGUGCACAGGUGGGUAAGAUCAGCAAGCAGUGGUCCGGGCUAGGGCGCGAAUUGUUCACUGAUGCGGAUCAUUUCGGCAUCAACUUCCCGAUGGAUUUGGACGUCAGGGUAAAGGCAACCCUGCUUGGAGCACUAUUUUUGAUCGAUUAUAUGUUCUUCGAGAAGUCCGGCAACAAGGAACAGGACAGGCCGGGAAUGUUCUAGAUCUGUUGAAUCCGUGGUGUGUAUGUUUACUACUUUUCAUGCGGUGCUUCCUAAAACUGGAAUUGAGCCGCCCCGUACAAGAGCCAUUUUUCUGUUCCAAGGCAGAAUUAUUCAACGAUGAUCACGCAUCAUCGUUCAUCCUUCCCAGUCGUAUUGUUACCAUACAUACUUAACAAACUUAAGUCUGCCCACCAUUACCCGAGUUCGUCCAUCCUGUGAUUCCAGAUGUACGUUUUUACGACGAGAGCCAUCAUCGAAAGACCGAACCACACACGCACGUACCAAAUGCACAACCAGAAAAAGAGAGGUAGUGGUGAGUUUAACGAAAACGUUCUUAAGUCCGGCACCAAAGAACUUUUACAUGAUUUUAUCGACAAGCGUAAAAAGAAUCGAAUCUCUCAAUAUCAAAGUUGAUUCAAUUUCUUUUUGGCUCUGGAUCACAUGGUUUUGUUUAUUAGUGUUGUUUAAAGAGUUGCAAAGGAAAUGUUGGGGGGAUAGGGGUUGUUUUCCACAUUGGCAACAAGGCUUACCAUGUGCGUGAGGACUCAAAGUAAUUUGGAGCGAUUUACACAUACUAAAGGUUCCCGUAAACGCGGGUAUGUUUUCUGAAACUAUGUAACAAUUUUCCAUUAUUAUAUUACAAAGGAGGAACAUAUUGCCUUUUGAACUCCAAACUUUGCCUAAAACUCAACGGUACCAGGAUCAGAUAUAACAACAAGUUACUAAAAUAAUCUUAAAUUCUUCAAAACAGUAGGGCCAACGAGGAUCCUAAGAUUCUAAAAACUUUUUGCAGAACUACAAGCUAUGAACAUUUAUUCAUAUUAAUCGUAUUUAUCGUACAACGAAACACUGUCGCACAGUACACAGUCCUACAAAUACAUUACAUGUAAAUCUAUAGCAAUCGCUGCCUAAUGUUUGUUACUGUUGUUUUUUUUUUAUAAACCCCAGGUACGGUAGUCUGUACUGUAAGGAAUUGUGCGCUUACCGCUCAUCUCCAUUUUUCAUGCGUUUACUUACAAUAAACGCACAGGAUCUUAAAGCCAAACCAAAUCACUAGGACACAAUCAAUGCAGAAAACAUUCAGUAACUUUUAUUGCGGAGCAAGGUUCGAUUUUCGCUAGCAUAUUUGUUAGGAUCUUUAUGAAUUAUUGUGGUGGUGAAAUAAAUGUUGCUUAUCGAAAAUCUAAGCUGAAUGUAUCGAUCACGAAAUGUGAAGUAUAUAAAUAAAAGAAAAUUU